GGAACUAUUUUAAUUAUUGAUUGGGGUUAUUGCACAAGGAAUAAUGAAAACACUGCAUUUGCAGGUGCACUUGAAUGCAUGCCGGAUGAAGUUCUGCAAUCGUUAGUUAAUGAAGAAAAUAUUGUUUAUGGACCAAAAGUUGAUUUAGUACGUUUUGUUCGAUCAUUCUAUCUAAUGCUACAUAGACCAUCAAUGGAAAGGAUUGCCUUUGAUAAAGAUGACAGCAUCAAGAAACGAGCACAAAUAAUGUUAAAUUUUUGGAAUGAUUGUAGUAAGUCAGAUGUGUGGAAUAACAUUUAUCAAGCAAUUGAGAACUUGAAUUAUAACCAAUUAAUUCAAGAAGUUGAAGAAUUUUUUUGA